ACUGUGCCAUGUGCUGACGGUCAGAGUUCAGCCUGAUCAGCGGAGGGUGCUGGAAAGCCCAGGUAACGGGAAUCUAAAGCUGUGCUAAUGGCUAGUUCUGUGUCACUAAGCUGUGCUAAUAGCUGGCAAUUCUGUGUCGCUGUAAGAAGUGGAGGUAGCAAUGAGCUGCGCUGCCAAGCUCUGCAUGUCACCAUAGCAUAGCUGUAAGCACAGCCCUGCAGCCCGGCCCUGGGGGUCCCUGUGUCCAUCCCUGCAGUGCUGGGUGGCGGCCCUCCAAGAAACACCCAUCUGUAGCAAUUACUUGGUGCGAGCUUUGUUUUUACUAUUCUUGCUUUUCUAACAACCGCUUCCUGAGCUCCGUUUCCUCUUUCCUCCCUUUCAUGCAGCUUCUGACUGCAGCGCUCCGCUCCUAGCCCUGAGCUGUGCUCUGCCCCAUCCGCUCCUAACCCUGAGCUGUGCUCUGCCCCAUCCGCUCCUAGCCCUGAGCUGUGCUCUGCCCCAUCCGCACCGCGCUGCCUGGGGCAGGACGCUGGCCGUCCCCGCUCCAGCUGUACUUUAUCACACGGGCGCAGCGGCCACGGAGUCCCACGGCCGACGGGAGGAAGGCAGGGGCGAGGACAGGAGCGCUUCCCACUUUGAGCCCUGCAUCAAGGCUGAGGUUCCCAUCCCUCCAUGCAAGCAUCCACCAUGAGAAGACCCCCAGGAAGCCGCUGCUGCCCCCCAGCCCUGAUGCUGUGCUCGGGACGCUGUGCCCGCAGCACCGGGCUGCUUCUCACCCUGCUCGCCGUGCUGCUGCUGCUCCUGCUGCUGCCCGCACAGCGCAGCCUGUGGCUCCAGCUCUCCAGGUAUGGUGGGGCGUUGGGGUGGGAACGGUGUGGCCCCUUGGCUGUGGUGUUGUUUUGCUCCAGAGUCAUUUUGCCCUGGGAAAUGAUUAACCCUGAACCCGCCUGUGGCUGCCCUCUCUCUGAGUUCCGUGCUCAGUGCAGCUCCUGGCCCUGGCCUGGGGCCCAACGGGGUGGCUCUGAGCCCAGCUGCUUUCUGUUUUGUGGGGUGGGGAUGGCACUGCUGUGCCCAGAUGGGUGCGGGCAGAGCCACAGCAGCACUGCCUGCACCUGUCCUGAGCCUCUUCUGCACUGUCACAGGGCUGGGGAUGGGGAUAGGACCCUCCUGCAUCCCUCCUGGCCUCCUCUCUCCUCCCGCAGGACUCCUGUCCACCAGAGAGCCACAACCACGGCAGCCCCACAGCGGGUGACACAGGCAGCAUGGCCAUCCCCCGUCCCCAGCAUGCCACCAGAGCUCGGGGACACAUAUGGGCAGGAUGAGACCUACAGCAGCUUGGGCUGUCCCAACAGCAUCAGGAAGAAGAUUGGGGCCACUGAGUUUGGGGCCACUUUCCUGCCCACCAUCCCGGUGCUGCAGUGGGCACGGCAUGCACAGGAGGAUGAGUACCAGAGGCUGCACCAAUACGGGGGAGCUCAUGGCUGGAAGGACAUCCCCUGGGAUGUGCUGAAGUCAUCCCUGUCCCUCCUCAACGCCUCGAGCAGCGCUCUGCUCUUUGACAUCCGCCCACUGGCCACAAGUUGCACCCGCUGUGCUGUGGUGGGCAACGGGGGCAUCCUCCAUGGCUCCGGCAUGGGCCCCACCAUUGAUGCUCAUGACUACGUGUUCAGGGUGAAUGGAGCCAUCACGGAGGGCUUUGAGCGCGAUGUUGGCAGCAGGACGUCCUUCUACGUCUUCUCCACCAACACCAUGGUGAACGCGCUGCGCAGCUACGCCGCCGAUGGCUUCCGGCAUCCACCCCAAACACUGGAGACUUGCUACGUCUUCCUCCCAGACCACGACCGUGACUACCUGCUGCUGCGGGCGGCCCUGAGCCAGCAGCGUGUGGACAGUGGCCGGGAUGAGGGGGUCCACCCCCAGGAGUUCUUUGGGAAAGACCUGCAGGCGGGGAAAUUUAGGAUGCUGCACCCGGAUUUCAUCCGCUACCUCAGGAACCGAUUUCUCCGUUCCCACAUCCUGGCCACCCCAUUCUGGCAGCUGUACCGGCCCUCCACCGGCGCCGUGAUGCUGCUGACCGCCAUCCACACCUGUGACCAGGUUAGUGCCUUUGGGUUCAUAACACCGGGCUACCAGGCGUACUCAGAUCACUACUACGACCGUGAGCGCAAGGAGGUGCAGUUCUUCAUCAACCACGACCUGAGGAUGGAGAUGCAGCUGUGGCAGCGACUGCAGCGCAGUGGGAUCCUGUGGCUCUACACCGGCUCGGAGGGGACGUGAUGCCAUCGGGGUGCGGGGCUGGGUGAUCUGCUGGGACCUGUGAGUGAGGAGCUGGGCUGGGACUCGAGCAAAGUUUGUAAUGAGUUUUACCAGGCCCUGCACAGCUCUGCUGUGGGGUAAAAUUAAUGAAUCAUGUGAAACUGAGUGUGGGAGAAAUAGAAAUUGAACCUGUCCCUGCCUGGAGAAUGGGAAUGGUGAAGCACCCAGGGAGAAUCUAGUGCUGUGACUCCAUGGGGGGCUGCUGUGUGUGCAAGGGGCUCAUGGGUGAGUCCUUAAUAUGGUUUGUAUAGCGGCAUCUCCUGCUGGGGCUGCCUCCUGCCCAUCUGGGGGAUUCUGCAAUGCCUCUACCCUGGGGAGGGAUCUGUAGCAUCCUCUGUUUGUUGCCAUAGCCCUGGGGUGGCAGCCCCUGUCCACGUCCCCCAUUCUGUGGCUGGGAGGGCCGCUGGUGCCCUUCAUGUCCAUCAUUCCUGCUGCCGUCUUGGGGGCUCUGCCCCCAUCCCUGUCCCUCCCCAGCAUCACAGAGCUUUUUCUAGGCCAGUGCCCAGUUCAGGCAUGAAUAAACCAGCAGCGUUGCAUAACUGGGGCUGCAGAUUUACGCAGGAUGGCUGCCCGAGCCCUGCUGCUGCACGGUACCCUGCAUGCCACAACCCUGUCCCAUCCCUGCAGGCAGACAGAGCAGAACAGAGCAGCGCAGCACAGCAGUCACUCAUGGCUGUGCCAAGCUCCCCAAUUAAGGAGCCUUCCUCCUGCCGUGGAUUAGCCAGGAUCAGUGGAGCCCGAGAGCGGGCCGAGCUGCUCGGUGGGAAGGAGGUCAGGAGGGCCGGGUGCUUUUGGCAGCCGCCGUGCAGAGACUGUGGCUCAAGCUGGUGUCUGCCCAGCAGGGAUUAGCUGCGGCCCCAGACAAAGUGGCCGGGUGGCUGGAGGGGACAAUCCCAGUUCCCAUCCCGUGCCGGGCAUCCAACACGAUGCCUGGGUUAUUUCAACCCCAUCCACUCACCAAAGCCACCUCACAGCAGGAAGGCUCCAUCAGGAUGGGGUGUGGGUUCCUGCUGCAAGCUGCUUGCCCACCCAUGGGUACGUUCUGCCUCGUGGUGACUCAGCUGUGCCAGCUCAGCAGCACACAGAGCAGGGCCAUGGGAACAGCCCUGCAAGGCCACCACCUCCCCAUGGCACCCACUGCCCUCUGUCACCCCCCCACCCCACUACAUCCCCUGGAGCCCAAAGCUCCAUCCCAGCAGGGUGCACAGGGGACGUGUGGGUGUCCCCAGGCUGCGCUGAGCCAGAGCAUUGGCUUGCACAUGGUUUGGGGCAGUGGGGGGGCCAUGGGUGUGCUCAUACUGGGGGGCAGCAGUAGCAUGAAGGAGUGAGCUGGUUCCCAAUGAUGGAGGAAUGUUUAUUCCCUGUGAAGUCUGCAGUUUUUCCAGCCCUGUAUCUAUUUGCGGCAACGUGACAUGUGCGGCGUGGUGUUCUUUGCAAGCUUGAAGUCUUGUAAAAAAUUAAUUGUUGUAUGCAAAAUUUGGCUUUAAAUUUUAAAAUCAUCAGUGAGCCCUGUACUGGAGGCUGUGUGUGCUGCUCCCCAAGGAGUGCAGACCCAAAGGGACAUCUGUCGUGGGUCCCUGCACCAAGCUGCCUCCUGGGGGGCUGCUGACUGGGUGUUCCUGCAGGGCUGCAGGGAUGGUGUGGUGCACCCACGAUCUGGGGGUGCAGCCCCACGUGCGGGGGCUGCGGCAUUGAGCUCACGAGGCUGAGCUGUGCUGUGUUUAUAAUCCCAGCCCGAAGGGUCCCCUACUGAGUGGGGAUACGUGGGGUGCUUCUCCCCUGCCAGGGGUUGGGGUCUCGGGUCCUGGGGGUGAUGCUGGGACAGGUGGAGAUGGAGGAUACAGGGGCGAAGUGUCCCCCGUCCCGACCCACGUUAUCACAUCGCCCCCCAUCCCAUCCCGCUCCCCGCAGACGGUACAGCACUAUCGUAGCUCCGCGGGGCCGUCGUUGCCUUUACCGACCGUGGGCUGGGGGCUGCCCCGUGGGGACCCCCUCUCCGAGGACGGGGCUGGGGUAUCUCCCGUCGGGUCCGCGCGGGGGCGGCGGAGGCGCGA